AUGGCUCUCAUUGUGCAGCGUUUCCUGCUGGCCCUGCUUCUUCUCGGAGCUAACGUGUUCAUCAGCAUUCAUGCUCAAGAGGCGGGUGUGUCUGAGGCAUGGACCAGCAGGUCUUGCAAAUGUGAUUGCGAAGGAGGAGAAUCCCCAACUGAGUUUUCUACCAUCGGGUCUCCAGCUGGUACCUCCAUGGUGCGUGGAGUGGACUGCAUGCCAGAGUGUCCAUACCACAAACCUCUGGGCUUUGAGGCUGGAUCAGUGAAUCCAGAUCAGAUCACCUGCUCCAACCAGGACCAGUACACCGGCUGGUUCUCCUCAUGGCUCCCGAGCAAGGCCAGACUCAACAGUCAGGGCUUCGGAUGUGCCUGGCUGUCUAAAUUCCAGGACAACAGUCAGUGGCUGCAGAUUGACCUGAAGGAGGUAAUGAUAGUUUCAGGGAUCCUCACUCAGGGCCGCUGUGACGCUGAAGAGUGGAUCACCAAGUAUAGCGUUCAGUUCCGCACAGACGAAAGCCUGAACUGGAUCUACUACAAAGACCAGACUGGAAACAACAGGGUGUUUUUUGGAAACUCUGACCGCUCCUCGUCUGUGCAGAACCUCCUGCGGCCACCAAUCGUGGCGCGCUACAUUCGCAUCCUCCCCCUGGGAUGGCACACACGCAUUGCUCUGCGCCUGGAGCUUCUGCUUUGCAUCAACAAAUGCACCUGA